CACUUUAGGACAGGUACUAUUUCGUUGAGACGUUUCCAUGUUCGACACUUUCAAUAAACGCAAAACCAGAAUGCAUUAUAUAUUUUCGAUUUUGAUUUUUUGUUUGUCAAAUAACAUAGUAAUCGGAUACUCAGUGAAUUCGAAUGAUAAAGAAAACUCAGAUUUUAACGAUUAUACACGUUAUAAUGUUGCAAGAGAUCUUCUAAAGGAGCUAAAAUCGCCGGUAACAGGUGUUUCUGAACGGUCUUCGCCAGUGACUGGAUUGUCAAGUAGCGCUGCAAGAAAAGCAUGUUAUCAAGGUAGAUGUGCAACCGGAUGGACUAAUUUUGGGAAUACUUGCUACUAUUUUGAUCAUGAACAAGUAACGUUUGCAGAAGCUAAUAGAAAGUGCCAGCAGAUGCACGGGCAACUAGUUGAAGUCGAAAGUGAAGCCGAAUGGGUCUUCUUGAAAACCCAAGCUGAGAAGAAAUCGCUUGAUAAUUUUUGGAUUGCACUCACUGACGCAUUUGAAGAAAAUGACUGGUCGUGGAUCAACACUUGGAGAACAGCUUCAUUCUCUAUCUGGUCUCCUGGGCAGCCGGACAAUUACAAUUCGGAUGAGCAUUGCGCCCAUGCGAUAGAGAGCAGACAAUACCAAUGGAAUGAUUGGAACUGGAACAAACAAGCUGCGUUUGUUUGUGAAGCUUAGAACUUUCCUACUUGAUUAGUGAAUCGUAGAAAUCUGAAAUUAACGUUUGAAACUUUCCUUAUCGAUGAACAUAUCUAGAGGUUGUCAAGUUAGUGUUUGAAUACUGAUACUUUCCUUAUAGAUGAACAUAUCUAGACGUUGUCAAGUUAGUGUUUGAAUAUUGAUACUUUCCUUAUAGAUGAACAUAUCUAGACGUUGUCAAGUUAGUGUUUGAAUAAUGAUACUUUCCUUAUAGAUGAACAUAUCUAGACGUUGUCAAGUUAGUGUUUGAAUACUGAUACUUUCCUUAUAGAUGAACAUAUCUAGACGUUGUCAAGUUAGUGUUUGAAUACUGAUACUUUCCUUAUAGAUGAACAUAUCUAGACGUUGUCAAGUUAGUGUUUGAAUAUUGAUACUUUCCUUAUAGAUGAACAUAUCUAGACGUUGUCAAGUUAGUGUUUGAAUACUGAUACUUUCCUUAUAGAUGAACAUAUCUAGACGUUGUCAAGUUAGUGUUUGAAUACUGAUACUUUCCUUAUAGAUGAACAUAUCUAGACGUUGUCAAGUUAGUGUUUGAAUAUUGAUACUUUCCUUAUAGAUGAACAUAUCUAGACGUUGUCAAGUUAGUGUUUGAAUACUGAUACUUUCCUUAUAGAUGAACAUAUCUAGACGUUGUCAAGUUAGUGUUUGAAUAUUGAUACUUUCCUUAUAGAUGAACAUAUCUAGACGUUGUCAAGUUAGUGUUUGAAUACUGAUACUUUCCUUAUAGAUGAACAUAUCUAGACGUUGUCAAGUUAGUGUUUGAAUACUGAUACUUUCCUUAUAGAUGAACAUAUCUAGACGUUGUCAAGUUAGUGUUUGAAUACUGAUACUUUCCUUAUAGAUGAACAUAUCUAGACGUUGUCAAGUUAGUGUUUGAAUAUUGAUACUUUCCUUAUAAACGAACAUAUCUAGACGUUGUCAAGGAAUAUAAUCUGUUUGAUGAACAAAAAUACAAACUGACACAAACAUUUAUAUAAAAAAUAUUACUUUACACUUACUUUUUGUUUCAUUUUCUUAAUAAAUUGAGAUUCUCACUAUAGACAUGAGUAUUGUUUAUUUUGAACAGUUUACCGUAAUUGAUAAAUCACUGUCUUUUCUGAGCAUUGAAUACAAUCAUUUUGUAUACCAAACAUU